AUUGCCGAGAAAAAUUAAUAAUAGGAACCAAAAUGACUCGUUCUGGAACCGGGGCCGGUUGUCUCAGAUUAAUUCCCCAGAAACUCCAUCCCCGGCGAUGAUCGGCUUUCUCCGCCAAUUCCGCGGCCCAGUCACAACCUUCCACCUUUCCGCCGGUCUCCUCCCCAAAACCCUGGUCUCCGCCGCGGCCGCCGCUUCCAAGCCUUCCGUCGCCGUAUUCUGGGACCUCGACAACAAGCCGCCCAAGUCCAUCCCCCCCUACGACGCCGCCGUUCGCCUCAAGCUCGCCGCCUCCUCCCUCGGCUCCCUUCGCUUCUGCGUCGCCUACGCCAACCACCACGCCUUCCGCCACGUCCCCGCCCCCGUCCGCGCCGCUCGCGCCGCUGGCCGUGCCCGAGACCACCGGGAGGCCUCCCAGCCCUCACCGGAACCCUACCCGUGCCGCGUCUGUGGGCGGAACUUCUUCGCUCACGCCAAGCUCGUCGACCACUUCCGUCAGAUUCACGAGCGCGAGCACGCCAAGCGCCUCCGCCGCCUCGACUCCACCCGCGGCGGUCGCCGGGUGCGGCUGGCGGCGCAGCUCGCGCUCAAGAUGGAGAAGUACGAGAAGGCCGCGAGGGAACUGCUGGUCCCCAGGGUCGGGUACGGCCUCGCCGACGAGCUCCGGCGGGCCGGAGUGGUGGUCCGGACCGUCGAGGACCGACCGGAGGCGGCGGACCGGGCGCUCCGGGAGCACAUUGUGGACACCAUGGACCGCGGAAAAAUCGGGUGUUUGGUGGUGGUCUCCGAUGAUUCAGGGUUUGUCGGAGUCCUGAGGGAGGCGAGGAUGAGGUGUUUGAAGACGGUGGUGGUGGGGGACGAAGGGGACGGGGCGCUCAAGAGGUGCGCCGAUGCUAAUUUUUCUUGGAAGGAUGUGAUCUCGGGGAAGGCGAGGAAGGAGGCAGAGUCGGCAGUGGGGAAGUGGAAUGAUAGGGAGCUGUUGAAGAGGUUGGAGUGGACUUAUGAGCCGGAUUUGGAGCAAAUUGAGGAUGAUGUUUUCGAGGGACAGAGCGAGGAUGGAGAUGAUGAAGAUGGGAGUUUUGGCUUGGUGGGGAAGCGGUGGUCGAAAGAUUCUAAACCUUGGUGGAAGUUGGAUUCAGAUUCUUGUGAUUCCAUUGUGAGGUAACAACCUUAGUAGCAGUUUUGACAUUGCCUUUUAAGAGAGUGCAACUUCAAGGAAUCACAGGAAUUCUUGUUCUCUGAAGAAAACUGAUCAUUUCUUCCGGUGAGCUCUGAACUCAUAUACUGAGAAGCUUGAGAAAGCUGCAAAUAUCUGAUACUCUGUUUCAUCUUGCUUCAUGAGGAUUCACAUACUGGAGUGAUGAGUCUGGAGAGCAUCUAUGUUUGUAUUGUACUCCUAUUUGAGAAGUUUCUGGGAAUAGGGUGUCUAUUUCUAUAUGAAACGUGCUUCAAUGAGCUGUAAGAUAAAAAUGAGCUUCUUUCACAUUGAUUUAUAUAAAAAUUUACUUGAGGCUUCA